AUGGCUCAAAGUACAUCCGCGCCGAUUCAAAUCGCGAGUGCCCGCGUUGUACGUUUAAUUCCGCGUUCGGACAAUGAAGAAAUUAGUGUUUGGUUCACACUUGCUGAGCGCACCUUUCGGCUCACUCAAGUGACGGAAGAUGAUGAAAAAUUGUCCAUAGUGUUACAAUUUUUGACGCCAACAGACCGUCAAGCGGUGAUGGACAUAAUAGCAAGACCAGACAGCACGUACGACGAAGUGAAGGAGGCAUUAAUUAAGCGCCUGGGCACCUCCAACGAGGAGAAAAUUCAGGCCUUGCUGGAAGGUGAAUUUAUAGGCGAUCGUACACCUUCCCAGUUUCUGCGAGACCUACAGCGGAAAGGUGGUCCACUCGCCGGAGAUGCGAUCAUCAAAACGCAGUGGAUGCGUAAUUUGCCGGAAGCAACACGCCUAGUUGUAUCUGGCGCGCAGAGCGACGAUCUCGCCUACUUAGCAUCGAUGGCGGAUGGCAUACACGCAGCCACGAAGUUAUCAUGUGCGCAGCGCAGCCCAGUCCAGCUUCAAGCCAAGGAGUCAUCGUUGGCUGAAGUGGUUAACUCUUUGGCUGAGAAGGUAAAAGAACUUACGCUGCACAUGGACGAAAGAGUGAAGGAACUUUCGUUGCGCAUGGAGGAGAGGAGCGCUAUGGAAGUUCUAGCAUCGUCGUGA